AGCAAAACUCGGCGGACGUCUCGUCAACCAGUGUAGUCCGACUGGACUGUUGAACGACAGCCCCAAUCAACGCCUCUUCAACAAGCCGUUUGCCCUGCCCAACCGCUUUCGUCCUAGUUGUCAAGUCACGGGUUGACCUGGGGACCCGACGGCAAAUGAACGGGCGACUAUCACGUAUACCGAUACUAGUUUAUCAACGGUGUUCAAAACUCUUCCAUCUUGGCCGGGGCUGCUGGCUUUGAUGUCUGCCGUCGUCAUGGUUCCACCCUGUUGCCAUUUCCUCGUCCUCGCCCUUGCAUCCAAGUAUAGGGAUUCUUUCUGCUAUCGAGUCGUUUGCGCAAUUCUGACACAAUUCCCACGCACGUGCUGCAAGGUAUUACCACCUUUGGCACCUCGCGAUAAGUCAUCGCACUUCUACCUGUAUGUGUGCUUCAGAUAGCAGCAGGCACAGCGCUUUCAGCGUCCCACCGGUAUUCCGGCCCGGACUGCACCAAAGACGCACGUCAACCAACCAUAGGUACCAUGGUAGAGACAUGCAAGGGUCAACGAACAACACAUAAUGCUGUUCAAUAUACUGCGUACAACAAGCAUCAUAAUUAAUAAACUUGAUAAAUGAAUAAAAAACAGA